AUGGAAAAUUUAGAUAAUCAUUAUAAUAAAAAAUAUGAAUAUCUAAAAAAUAAUUAUGAUAAUAUAUAUGAUGAAAAUAAAAAUGUAUGUAAUGAACCAACAAUGAAUUAUAAUUAUAAUAACGAGAUGAAUAAUUAUUCAAAUGUGAAUUCUCAGUACUAUGACCAAAAUAAUGAAAAAGUCAAAUUAAUUAAUAAUCACAGUAAUGGAAAUAUAAAUGGAUAUAGAAGUAAUAAUGGAUAUGGUAAUUCAAUAUAUAAUAACCCUGACCAUGAAUGUAUAGAAACGGGCUACCACUUUGACGACAAAUACAACAAUGAUAGAGAUAUAGAAAAUGAUAUUAUGAUGGGUUCGGAUGAUUUAACUAGGUCAAGAAGAAGAGAUACAAAAGCAAAAGCACAAGCUGCAUUAAAAGCAUUAUUUAUUAUUAUUGGAUUUAUUUUUGUAGUAUAUCUUCUAACAAAAUUUCAAUCAUUUAUUAAUAUAGUCAAUGAAGUUAUACAAUGGGUUGGAAAACAAGGAUCAUGGAGUAUAGUAUUAUUUAUAUGUUUGUUUACUCUAAUAUCUCCGCUAUUUAUGUCUGUUGAAAUUAUGUGUGUAGGUGCAGGUUUAAUAUUUUCAGGAGUAUAUGGAAAUUUAUUGGGAACAUUUGUAGCUAUCUUUGCAGUUUUUACUGGCUACAUUUUUGGAAUGUCCAUAUGCUUUUUUGUUUCGAGAUAUUUAUUACAUGAUUAUAUUUAUAAAAAGUUACAAAAUUAUCCAAUAUAUAUAGCAUUUGAUCAAGCUAUUAAUGCUAAUGGUCUAUCCUUUGUGCUUUUAAUUCGUAUGUCUCCUAUCCUACCAGCAUCGGUGGUUAGUUAUGUACUUGGUGUUACUUCUGUUAAGUAUAAGGAUUUUGCCAUUGGGUCAAUUUCAGCCUUACCAGGUAUAUGCUUAUUUAUAUAUAUUGGAGUUUUGUUGCAAGAUAUAUCAAAUGUUUCAGAAUUACACCACCAUUGGGGAAAUUUGAUCAUACUCCUUGUUGGGUUGGUCUUAGGAGUAAUUGCCAUUGCAUAUAUAUCAGUUGUAACAAAAAGAAGAUUAAACAGUUUGAAUAUUAUGAACCCUUCAAUACCAAGGCUUGAUGUUGAUAUCGAAUAA